GUAAAAUAGCAUGAUUUUAUUCAUACAUGAAUAUCGACUAACCCCACUCAAUUUCUGUAAAAAUUAUGAUUAGUAAAAAAAUUAGAAGCUUAAUCAUACAUCCCUAUUCCAUAGACAGACCGACCAUCCAUCAUAAUUUUAGCAAAAUGGCCAUCGGAGUAGAUACGUCAAAGUGGAAACCAAGAAAAAUUAAAGGAACUCCUGCUGCUAGAUUUAGAAAUGCGCUUGGUUUAGGCAUUCUAACUUUUGGAAUUAUCAGUGGUUGCAUACUACAUUUCUCCAGUGCAACAGAAAAGUAUCGAAAAGCUUUUGAGGUGCUAUAUGAAGAUCCUAUAGAAGAAGUAGAACGAAAGAUAAUGAUUGCUAGUGGUCUUCCUAACCGGUCUCCAGCUACAAUAAAAAGAAUCGAAAAGGAAUUAUCAAGGAUCGACAGACCUGAUACAUAAGUUAUGAAUAUAGAGAGUAAUAGUAAUAGCAAGAAUCACAGUCCAUGCAAAGUGGUGAGCAAAUAUUUCCAGAACAGUCCUGUUAUGGAUGAGAGUUUGUCGGAAUUUAAAGAGAAAAAAGGCAGUUGUAAAGGACCCAAGAACUCUCAAAAGUCAACUGAACAGCAACCAAAGAAGACAAAGCAGAAAAAGCCUCCAAAACGAAUUAAAGGACAAAAAGACAUUCGGACUGUUCUAAAAUCUAAAAAGAACGAUCAAUUGACUUAUGCCAAGGAGUUUGAUGAAGUUUGCAAACAAGCUGGUGUUGAUAUAGAUUCUGAACAGCUACAAUUAGCUAUAGCAUUAUCAAAGUCUUUACAAUCAUCGGAGGACAAUAAAAGUAGUACUAGUCAAAAGCCUUUGAGUUCUCAGGAAAGGACAAAAAAAAUUCGAACCACUUUGCAAGAGUAUGGAUUUGCUAUUCCAGAAAUAAAAAUAACUAAUAAGAGAAGGUUGAAAAGGCCUAGAAAGCAAUACAAACUUUUACUAUCAAGUGACACGGAAAAGCAACAAAUUAUAAGUGAUAGAUAUUCACAGGUGCUAUUUACAAGUUCUCUCUCUAAUAAGGCUCUAAAUGAAAAUGAUAUAGAUUAUUCGAUUAUAAAAUGUUAUCAUGUUGCAACAGGAAUAUCUUAUGAAACUUUACAGAACAACAAUAUUUUGUAUGUUGAAGAUUUAGUUGAAAAAUCUACUAGUAAAGGAAGAUUGCUUAGAGACUGGGCUGAUAUACCAGGCAGACCAAAAAGUCCAGUCAAGCAAGAAUCUACCAAUAUGAACUUUAGUGAAAUAGAAUGUUCGCAAGACGAACUUGACAUUGUUCUUAGUGGAACAUUGAAGUCUGCUAAAGAUAUUGUAAAGAAAAAAGUUAAUUCAUUAUCAAAUAACACACCUACAAUUUUUAUUGAUGUUGAUACUGAUAUAAAUCAUAGUAAUAAUGAUAGAACUCUGGUCACUAAAGAAUCUAACAAUACAGAUACCAUUGAUUGUAAAAAUGGAACUUCACUGAUCUCAAAUAGAGUCAGGAGUUGUUCUCCAGAUAUCUUUGAUGAUGAAGUGUCCGUAAUUUUGACUGAUAGUCAUGAUAAAACAAACAAAGAAUCUGAGAAAUCUAUCAAACAGGAUGAUACUAUAAUGGACUUAACAGGAGAUGAACAGGAUACAGAAAAUGCAGUGAAAAUAAAUGACUGUCAACUAAUACAUGAAAAGAAACAAAAUACAAGUGUUGUAGAUUUAACACAAACAGAUUUAAACAAUCACACAGAAUCUGAACAGUAUCUGUUUACAAAGAAACCUAGUAACCCAGAAAAGCUGACCCAGGGUUCCCAGAACUAUACCAGAAGAAACUCAGAUGACUUUAUGGAAAUAACUGAAUGUGUUGGAAUUUCUGCAAAAAUUAACCCCAGUCCAGCCAAAGAAAAAAUCACAGCAUCUCAAGACUCAAAUGAUGAAGUUAGAAGGUAUUCUGAUGAAUUUAUGGAAGUCAUUGCUUGUGUUGCAAAAACUUGUUCACAAGCUAGUUCAAAUGAAAAUCCACACAUAACAUCGCAAGUUACAGACAAAACCAAAAGAAAGUCAAACGAUUUUAUGGAAAUGACUGAAUGCGUAGCUAGCACCUCUUAUUCUGUUCCAAAGAAUGUUGAAACUGAUAUUGAUCUCACACAACAAUCAGAUGAAAAUGAAAGAACUGUGGUAGAUGGAACAGCUAAGAACAUAGUAGAGAAUGUAGAUCUGUCUCAGUCAUCAAAUGAAGAUGAAUUACCUAUUGUUGAGAUGAGCCAAAGUAACAAGUCAUUAGAUGACACUAUUUUAUUAAAUAAUGACGAAAUUGAUAUCAUAAAACCAAAAAUAGCAAAUAAUACAGAUUCGAAACCUAUUGAAUUAGAAGAAACACUUGAUCUAUCAGAUACUUCAAGUCCUGUUAAAUCAGACAAUUAUCUUAGGCCAUCGAAUCAUAGCUUUUUCGACGAAUUUGUGCAUAAUCACUCUGAUGAUGCUAGUACUAAAGAAACUUUAGAAAAGUCUUGUGAGAUAGAGAGUCAGAAUCAAUUAUUAGGUGAUGAAAAUGAUAAUGAUGAAGUAGAUUUGACCCAAUCAUCUAAUUCAUCAGUGGCAAGUAGAGAAGUUAAUUUUCCAAGAUGUAUCAAUUGA